CAAACUCAUUUGAACCCUUGAAUUCCGAUGAAUCCCUGAGCUCCUUGCAUCUUUUUAGCCAUGCCUUUUGCUUUGCUUCUCCUAUUAAUUGCCCUGACGUUUUGCUGUGGCUUCAACUUGGAUUCAGAACAGCCCCGUAUCUUCCAAAUGGACACAGCCGGGUUUGGACAGAGUGUGGUACAGUUUGAAGGAUCCAGGCUGGUGGUUGGAGCACCCUUGGAGAAGGGAUCCAUUAAUCAGACAGGACUUCUCUAUGACUGUGAAUACAGCACAGGAAGAUGCCAGCCUGUGCUUCUGCAGAUUCCUUCAGAUGCAGUGAAUAUGUCCUUAGGCCUGACCCUGAGUGUGACCACCAGUCCUUCUCAGCUCAUGGCCUGUGGCCCUACAGUACACCAACUCUGUGGAGAGGUUUUCUACCUGAAUGGUGUCUGCUUCUUGCUAAAUUCCACACUUCGAGAGGUCCGGAAAGUCCCUGCCUCCCUUCGGGAGUGUCCCAAGCAAGAAAUUGACAUUGCAUUCCUGAUCGAUGGUUCUGGUAGCAUCGGAAGUGACGACUUUCAGAGGAUGAAGGACUUCGUCAGAACAGUGAUGGGUCAAUUCACAGGAACCAAUACCCUGUUCUCUCUGAUGCAGUAUUCUCAUUGGAUCCGGAUCCAUUUCACCUUCAAUGGAUUCAAGAAAAAUCCUAACCCAGAAAUGUUGGUGAAUUCCAUUUCCCAGCUGGGUGGGUGGACCUUCACUGCUACAGCCAUCCUGCAAGUAGUGCAAGACAUGUUUCAGAGUUCAAAUGGAGCUCGGAAGGAUGCCACCAAGAUCCUCAUUGUCAUCACAGACGGCAUGAAGCAAGGAGAUAGAUUGGAAUACCAAGAUGUCAUCCCUCUGGCAGAGAAAGCAGGGAUCAUCCGAUAUGCCAUAGGAGUAGGGAGUGCCUUUAACACUCAUUCUUACCUGGAAGAACUCAGGACCAUCGCCUCUGACCCACCACAGGAUCACGUGUUUCAGGUGAAUAACUUUGAGGCUCUGAGGAACAUCCAAAGCCAAUUGCAAGAGAAGAUCUUUGCCAUCGAAGGUACCCAAUCAGAGAAAAGUAGUUUUUUUGAGCAUGAGAUGUCUCAAGAGGGGUUCAGUGCUGUGUUUACUCAGGAGGGCCCAGUGCUUGGAGCUGUGGGGAGCUUUGGUUGGUCUGGAGGCUUCUUCUCAUACCCCGCUUCUGAGGUCCCUGCCUUUAUUAAGACACAAAAAAGCGACAUGGACAUGAAUGCUGCUUAUCUGGGUUAUUCUAUGGAAAUGGCCUUUCAGAAGGGGGUUCAAAAGCUUAUCCUAGGGGCUCCUCGCUACCAACACACAGGAAUGGUUGUCAUCUUCACCCAAGUUUCAAGGAGUUGGGAGCAAACAGCUGAGGUCAAAGGGAAACAGAUCGGUUCCUAUUUUGGGGCAACACUCUGUCCUGUGGAUGUGAACCGAGACCAAACCACUGACCUGAUCCUCAUUGGAGCCCCCCAUUACUAUGAAGAAAACAGAGGGGGUCAAGUACACAUCUGUGCCUUACCUCAGAACAGGGCCCAAUGGCGCUGUGAGGCUAUUGUCUGGGGACAGCAGGGACACCCCUUGGGCCGUUUUGGAGCAGCUUUGGCUGUGCUGGGGGACAUUAAUGGUGAUAAGAGAACAGAUGUGGCAGUGGGGGCACCAGGGGAGGAAGAAAACCAUGGGGCCAUCUAUUUGUUUCAUGGAGUGGUUGGAUCCAGCAUCAGCCGUUCCUACAGCCAGAGGAUUAUAGGCUCUCAACUUUCUCCCAGAAUCCAAUAUUUUGGGCAGUCACUGAGUGGGGGACAAGAUCUCACUCGGGAUGGACUGGCGGAUGUGGCUGUGGGAGCCCAGGGACAAGUGCUGCUGCUCAGAACACGGCCUGUUCUCAGAGUUGGGAUUUCCAUGAACUUUCAACCCUUAGAAGUGGCAAGGUCUUUGUUUGACUGUCAGGAGCAGGAAGCCACCAGUAGGGAAGCAGGGAAUGCCAAAGUCUGUUUUACCAUCCAAAAAAGCUCUCCAGACCAUCUGGGGGAGGUAAAAAGUUCUCUGAAGUUUGACCUGGCAUUGGAUCCUGGGCGCCUGACUCCUCGUGCUGUCUUUGAGGAGUCAAAGAACCGAACACUACAUCGAGUUCAAAUCCUAGGACUUGGAAAGCAUUGUCAGAGUGUGAAGCUGUUGUUACCGAGCUGUGUGGUGGAUUCAUUGACCGCCAUCAUUCUUCGCCUCAAUUUUUCCCUGGAGGGAAAGCCCAUACCUGCAUAUGAGAACCUUCGCCCUGUACUGGACAUAGCUUCUCAGACUGUCUUCACUGCCUCAUUCCCCUUUGAGAAGAAUUGUGGCAAAGAUAGCAUCUGUCAAGAUGACCUCAGGAUUACAUUCAGCUUCCUAAGCCUGCAGACCCUUGUAGUCGGGAGCUCCUUAGAGAUGAAUGUGGCCGUUAGAGUACAGAAUGAGGGUGAAGACUCCUACAGAACUGUAGUCACGUUCUCCUAUCCUGCAGGCCUGUCCUACCGGCGGAUAUCACAGAUUCAGAACCAACCACAUCGAAGUCUGCCUCCUGUGACCUGUGAGUCAGCGAUAGCUGAGGCAGAGAACCUACGAAGUAGCCACUGUACCGUUAGUCACCCCAUCUUUCGGGAAAGAAGUGAGAUCAACUUUAAUAUAACAUUUGAUGUCUCCCCUAUGGCUUCCCUUGGAAACAAACUACUCUUCAAAGCCAAUGUGACUAGUGAAAAUAAUACACCUAAGACCAGCAAGGCUGUCUUUCAGUCAGAGCUACCUGUGAAAUAUGCUGUCUACAUGGUGAUCAUCAGCCAUGAAGAAUCUACAAAAUAUCUCAACUUCUCACACUCAGAAGAGAAGAGCAGCUAUGUUGUGAAGCACAAAUACCAAGUGAAUAACCUGGGUCAACGGAAUCUCCCCAUCAAAAUCAACUUCUGGGUCCCAGUGAAAUUGAACAAUAUAAACAUUUGGGAUAAGCUUGAGCUCCUCUCCUCCCAGAACUUCUCAUGUACAGAGAAAAGUGCCUCCGGAAAUGCUGACUUUGUCACAAAGCUCCAAAAGGUCCCAAGGCUGAAUUGUUCCAUUGCUCUCUGCCAGGGAUUUCACUGUGACAUCCCUUCCUUCAACAUUCAGGAAGAACUCAAUUUUACUAUCACAGGCAACCUCAGCCUUGGCUGGUUUCAGCAGACAGAGUAUAACAACCUAUUGGUUACAAGCUUGGCUGAAAUCACUUUUAAUGACUCAAAGUAUGCCCUACUUCCAGGACAAGAGAUGUUUAUGAGAGCCCAGACAGAGACCAAAGUAGAACGAUAUGAAGUUCAUUCUCCUAUUCCUCUCAUCGUGGGCAGCAGCAUUGGGGGACUGUUGCUCCUUGCACUCAUCACAGCUGGAUUGUACAAGCUUGGAUUCUUCAAACGUCAGUACAAAGAGAUGAUGAAUAAUUCUCAAGAAGCUGCGUUGGACAUGCCCCUUCCUGAGUAACUGCUUCUUCCUUCACCUCCCUGCCUUUUCUGAUAAAGACUGAGAUUUUUUUAGACAAGUGUACCAGUCCUCUUCUUACCUUGGGACCAAACUCCUUAUUUUCUUCAGCAGAAGGAUGAAGAUUUACCAUGGACUUGUCCUCUUGAAGAGUCAAACAUUUUAGUGUGUACUCAUUGGUUGUUGAAUGAAAGGCUUUAUGGGAAACAUCUCUCACAGUAAUGAAGCACCUGGCUUUUCCAUUGUGUGGGCAUAUUUGUGUGCGUGUGUGUUACUCUCUCGAGCUGAGGUGGCUGCAAUUGGCAAAGUCGUUUUAGCAGCAAAAUUGUUUGUGGUUCACAUAAAUGUGCAUGAAACUUCAAAUCGUAGGUUACUGCUUGGUUUUCCCCCUGGGGUUAUGUGCAUCUUUGGUUAUGGGACAGGGCCUGGCAAAGUAGGGUUAGGAUGGGGCAUCUACUCUUUUUUCUAAAUGGAAAUAAAGAGGAGUGAGACAUUUUCUCGAUAUGAGGGAGUGUAGGCAUCAAGGGGAAGCAAGGAAGGUCUUUGAUAGAUCAGCUGAGAUGGUAGUGGCAAAGCUGGUGAGGUGGGAUGAAUAUCAGAGACAGAAUGAGACCUAUGAACUCCCCAAGGUGAGAGGUGUUUGGCCCACUUUAUGUAUUACCAUAUGAAGACAGAUCUAAACAAAUGCUUUGGCAGGGAGGUGGGAAUGUUCCUGCAACUCAAGCAUAUUAGAAGAAUCGGAAAAGUAUGAGUCUAUAGCUCAUGAAAUGUGUUGAGCCAUACCCAGGGACGGUCCCUAUGUGGACAUGGUUGAUAGAAAAGGAUAUCCUAAUUACUGUACAUGGCAAAGUCUCACUUUUGCCCCGACAUUAAAGAAGAGACCUAAUCUGAGAAAUGUGAGGGAAAUUUCCCUCCCCUACCCCAGUCCUAAGUUUCUUAGUGAUUUUAGACUUUAGUAGCUGAUAAUGCUUUGAGUGAUAAACUAUUGGAAACAGUGUAAAAGUAGACUUUGAUCUACUUCUGUUCUAUGUAUAUAAUUUACAAAGCCAUUUUUAUAGCUGCAUUGUAUUAUAUAGUAUGCUUUAGAAACAUGCUAUUAAGGUAGGAAAUGUACACGAUUUCUUCAUAUUUGAGGCAUGAAUAUUGCAAAUGUUUACCCCUAUGCCUUACAAAAAAGUAUGACACCGUAAGAAUAUAUAUGCAGACAAAUGUCAUUCUACUUCUUGUAUCUAUUUUUAGAUGUCUAUAAAAGAUUUAGGGUAUAAAUAUCCGUGGAUACUAAAGCUCGGGAUCUUUAGGUCUUAGACCUGAGACCAGCUUUAUUGUGAGACCAGAUCCCUCUCUCAAUAAACCUCUUUUCUUUG